AUGACUGGAAAUGAUACUGCCAUCAAUAAAAUCAAAGAACAGGUUCGCAAGAACCUUAAUGGAGGCGUUAGUAUUGUAAUCAUUGGCGCCUCUGGAGACUUAGCAAAGAAGAAGACUUUCCCUGCUCUCUUUAAGCUCUAUCAACAGAAGUUCUUCCCUGAAAAGACGCAAAUUAUUGGUUAUGCUCGUACUGAAAUGGAUGACGAAGAAUAUCAUAAGCGUGUCACUAUGAGCAUUGAUACAGAGAAGGAAGAAGGUGUUAAAGAUUUCUUGAAGAUUUGCCACUAUGUUUCUGGACAGUAUGAUGAAGAUGACUCCUUUAAAAAGUUAAACGACUUUGUAAACGACGUAGAAAAGAAGAACGGUGUUAAGGAUGACCAAAAGAAUCGUAUUUUCUACUUAGCUGUUCCUGCUCAGGUUUAUGUACCUGUAUCUGAACGUUGUAAGAAGUUUGUCUAUCAAGACGGUGCCUAUAAUGCAUUGAUUGUUGAAAAGCCUUUUGGUAAGGACAGUGAUACCUAUAAGCAAUUCGCUAAGGAUAUUUAUGGCACUUGGGACCGAAACGAAGUGUACUUGAUUGACCAUUACCUUGGAAAGGAACUGUUGAAGAACAUGAUGAAUCUACGCUUUGCGAACACCUUCUUUGAGCCUAUGUGGAACUCCAAGUAUAUUGAUAACGUACAAAUUACUCUUAAAGAACCUUUUGGUUGCGAAGGUCGCGGGGGUUACUUUGAUGAAUAUGGUGCUAUACGAGAUGUCAUUCAAAACCACUUGUUGCAAGUUUUCAAUUUAAUCGCAAUGGAUAGGCCCAAGGAUGCAUCUCCUGAAGCUGUUGCUGAAGAGAAGACCAAAUUAUUGAAUGCUGUCAAACCCAUCAAAUUAGAAGACACCCUUUUGGGUCAAUAUACCCGUAAUGGUGAUAAACCCGCUUACCAAGAAGAUGAUACCGUUGAGGAUGGCAGUUUAACCUCCACCUUCGCCACCGUUGUUCUUUGGAUUGAUAAUGAGCGUUGGUCCAAUGUUCCAUUCAUCAUCAAGUCUGGUAAAGCUAUGGAUAAUUACAAGUGUGAGGCUCGCAUACAAUUCAAAAAAUUACCUGGUGAUUUGUUCAAAGAUACUCCUCGUAAUGAGUUGGUUAUCAAUAUCGAACCUGACGAAGCGGUGUACUUGAAAUUGAACAGCAAGCAUCCUGGCUAUUCAGAUGACAAUUUGGUAACUGACUUAGACUUAACAUAUAAGGAGCGUUACGACAAUCUCAAGAUUCCCAAGGCAUAUGAAGCAUUGAUAGUGGACGUGAUGCGUGGUCGUCAUGCUAACUUUGUCGGUGAUGAUGAACUCCAGGCUUCUUGGCGUGUCUUUACACCUUUAUUACAUCAAAUUGAAAAGGAAAAGAUCAAGCCCGAACCUUACCCUCAUGGUACACGCGGCCCAGAAAAGUUGGAUGAGUUUGUCAAGAAAUAUGGUGUUGAAAGAUUGUCGGAUGAAGACUAUGAAUGGCCUUCCAAGGAUCUCGAUGGCUAA